UGUCAUCGCCAACAAUGAAAUGCCUCAUAUAGAUUCGCAUUCGUUUUACACUUCUUUGCUGACCAAAGAUAUUCCUUUGAUAUUGAUCAGUUCAGAGGGGAAGAGAAACAAAUCAUCAAACUCUUUGGAAGAGAGAGCGUGUUAUUUCCUAACAAGGCCUAUUCAUGAGAAAGAUAUCAAUAACAUGUUGCAACAUGUCUUACCUAAUAAGAGCCAGAAGUUAGAAAAAUUAAGCAUACCUAAUAAUGCUGAGGACGUUUCGGAAGUUCGUAUAAAUCAGAUGAAAGCUUUCAGAGAAAAUCUUAGGAGGCAGAGAACAGAAGUAAAUAAUAUAGAGAGUAAAGUUAGAAGACGCAGUAAUUUAUGGACUUGUGAGAAUCACUUGAAGUUCUUGUCUGCUAUCUCUUACUUGGGUGACGAAGAUUCUCAUCCCAAAUCCAUAUUGAGUAUUAUGAACGUUCCAAGUUUGACUCACCGGGAAGUCGCUCGCCACCUUGAGUCUUACAAAGCUAAAGUUGAUCGAAUGAAUGAAACACUAUCAAGGAAAGAGUGGAUACCAACAAAUAAAACAUUUGAAUACCCUUCAGACUACAAAUAUCCUUUCACAUUAUCCAACAUAGCAAAACAAAAAAAUUCAGGUAAGAACCUUAUUAGGGAAAGGGAUACAAAGCUAAAGUUUUAUCUAGGAGGGCAAAUGGACUUAAGCUUUAUCUAGGAGGGCAAAUGGACUUAAGCAGUAACCGGUGGCAGAGGUAGUGAAGCAGUAUGGGGUCAUAUGACCCCCCCUAUGAAAUUAAUAUUUUCUCAAUUGUUAAUGUAAUUUUGAAUGAAGGUGGUGAAAUAUUCAGAUAAAAUUAAU